AUGAGUUACAAGAGACAAUCACUUACCGACAGGGGCGGAGCCACAGUAGAGGGUGUGGGUUCAGGCGAACCCAGUGACUUUUUCCGAGACCCUAUAUUUGUUGUCUCUUCUAAUCUUCUUAACUCCAAAAUCAAAAAAGCUAGGGUUCUACCUCUGUUGAUCGCCGGCGCUGCUACCACAAUCAGUCGGAGCCGGACGCCUUCCAACUCUCGUAGUGGUUGCCCACAUUUUGAACUUCAUUCUCUUUGUCAAUUUGUGCUUUGGUUCUUUCCAAAAUUUCAAACUAGAAGUCUGUCGACAGACAAGAGGGAAUCUUCUCACACACCAGGCUUCUCAAAUGAGUUAGUCUCUUUCUCUGCAUCUUCUGCUCCUUCUGGUAAUCAGAAAAGUUUUUGUCAAAGAGUUCAGUUUGAGUCAAGGAAUCCUGGGCAAGGUGUGGGGGUUUCAUGCAAGUAUUGUAAAAAGUCAGGGCACAUCAUUGAGAAGUUCUACAAACUGCAUGGGUUUCCUCCUGAUUUCAAGUUCACACAGUCAAAAAGGUCUGCUUCAUGUGUUCAUGCUGACACUUCAUCCAUUGAGUCUUCAGUUCAAGCUUCUCGUUCCCAACCUGGGACUUCAUCUACUCAUGGUUUAAGCCAGGAGCAAUAUCAGCAACUUGUCUCUCUCCUACAGCAAGCAAAUAUUACUCCUGGUACCAACAACAAUGGUUCUUCUGAAGAAACUUUUGGCUUUGCUAAUUUUGCAGGUUUGUUGAAACGUUCUGUGGUUAAUUUUGUUGAUUUUCAUGUUUGUGCAUAUUCUCAAUUAAGUGAUAAUACUUGGAUUUUAUAUUUUGGGACUACUAACCACAUGACACCUUAUAAACAGUUUCUUCACAACUUAAAACCAUUACCAGCCAUUUGUAAUCACUCUUCCUAAUGGAUAUAAAGUCAAGGUUGUUUCAACUGGAUCUUUACACCUUAGGGCUGACAUAACCUUGCAUAAUGUUCUUCUUGUACCUUCUUUUCAAUUUAACUUGAUCUCAGUAUAUCAACGCCUUCUUCAACUUAAUUGUCUUGCCAUACUUAUCAUUUCUACUUGCUAUUUACAGGGCCCUUCUCUGAAGAGGCCACUAGAAAUUGGUAAAGCUACUAAUGGUCUGUAUUUUCUCCACCUUGAUGAUACUGCUUCACCAUCUUUGUCAGUUCCAUCUACUGCUUACAAUGUUUCUAAUUUUACUGCAUCUUCAUCUCCUAUUUUUAAUAAUCACUCUUGUAAUGUUUCUACUUUUGCACCUAAUCUUGUAACUCCUCUUCCCCUUACUCUCCAUUGUAAUUCAAUUUUUAGUAUCAAUAAAAUUGAUCUGUUUUGGCACUAGAGACUAGGCCACAUACCUUUUGGUAGAAUGAAGUCUUUUUGUUUCCAGCAAGGUUUCUUCUAAAUAAUUUUUAUUUGCUCUAUUUGUCAUAUGGCUAGACAACAAAGAUUACCAUUUCCUGAUAGCUCCAUCCACACAUCUGCUCCUUUCUAAUUAGUACACAUUGACAUUUGGGGACCCUACAAUACUAAUACCUAUGAUGGUUUUAAAUACUUCUUGACUUUAGUGGAUGACUUUACUAGAGUCACCUGGACUCAUCUUCUCUCAUGCAAGGGUAAUGCUUUGUCUGUUAUUAAAGCCUUUACCUCUAUGGUAAUCACACAAUCCACACUUUAGUUCAAAGUUUUAGAUAUGAUAAUGCUUUUGAACUUGGUACUAGUUCUGAGGCCAAAUCCUUCUUCUCUUCCCAAGAUAUUUUACACCAAACCAUCAUUCCACACACCCCACAGUAAAAUGGAGUUGUAGAAAGAAAACAUAAACAUCUACUGGAAACAUCUCGAGCUUUAUUGUUUCAAUCUAACUUACCCUCCAAAUAUUGGGGUGAUUGUGUCUUAACUGCUACCUACUUUGUCAAUAGAUUCUCUUCUACUAUUUUGAAUAAUAUUUCCCCUUAUGAAAAACUUCAUGGUCACCCUCCUUUCUAUGAUCACCUCAAGUCUUUUGGUUGCUUAUGUUUUGCCACCUCACCUAAUCCUGGGAGGGAUAAGUUCCAAUCUAUGGCCAUUUCUUGCAUCUUUCUUGGUUAUCCUUGUAGAAAGAAAGGAUACAAACUCUUGAA